UAUUUUCAUUACGCGCGCGCUGGGACCGCGGUGCUCAUUAAAGAUAAAUAUGUAUUUGUGCCGGUAACGCGGCGCGCGGACUGGCAGCGCUUCUCAGCUUCUUCUUGUGCUCAUCCUUGUGGUUCUUGCGUGCGCCGCACGCAUUGGCGGUCGCGCACUUGAGGGGGGAAGCUGGCGAAGCUCCUGCUGCUGCUCAAUGCGCCACUUGGUUUCAGACGCGAGCAUCCCGCCGGACGAGCACAUUUGGACUUGCGCAGCUUUUCCAGCGUUACUUGCUUCCAACAAGUACGCGCGUGAAAAGGGGGAAUCGCUUUUGAAUUUCGCUUCUGAAUAUGUGGCAAUGGAAUUCCUUCCCGUGGAUUUAAAGUGAGCCCAACUUUGCGCUUUUUUCUUCCAAGGAGGCUGUUUGUUGUCGCGUGCGAGGAGAGGAUGAUGCUCGCUGGAUUCUGCCUUCUUCUGCCUCUUUUAGAUGGUCUGCACGGGGCCGAGGAGGGCGGGCGGUCGUCGCGCACGGACUGCGUGCGGGCCAGCGAGCAGUGCCUGAAGGAGGCGUCGUGCAGCAGCAAGUACCGGACCAUGCGUCAGUGCGCCGCCGGCGUGGCCAAGGAGGGCAACUUCAGCGGCGUGGCUCGACGGGACGCCCAGGACGAGUGCCGCGGCGCCGUGGACGCGCUCAAACGCAGCCCGCUCUACAACUGCCGCUGCAAGAGGGGCAUGAAGAAGGAGAAGAACUGCCUGCGCAUCUACUGGGGCAUCUACCAGACCUUACAAGGUAACGACUUUCUGGAGGAUUCUCCCUACGAGGCCGCCAACGGUCGCCUGGCGGACAUUUUCCGCCUGGCCCCCAUCAUCGAGGGGGCCCAACCCUGGAGCGGCUCGGCUACUUUGUCUUCGCCGAGGGUGGGCGGCCGGGCCCGGGGGGGCUCAACGGACCUGCAGGACCCCAGUAGAAACAGGAGGGCCCACCCCAACUGGGCCAUACUGGGCGAGCCGGCGGUGGCUCGGGAGAACAACUGCUUGAACGCGGCCAAGGCCUGCAACCUGAACGACACGUGCAAGAAGUACCGCUCGGCCUACAUCAGCCCGUGCACCAGCCGGGUCUCCACCGCCGAAGUUUGCAACAAGAGGAAGUGCCACAAGGCACUCCGCCAGUUCUUUGACAAGGUUCCUCCCAAGCACAGCUACGGGAUGCUGUUCUGCUCGUGCCCGCUCAGCGACCAGACGGCGUGCUCGGAACGCCGGCGUCAGACCAUCGUGCCCGUCUGCUCCUACGAGGAGAAACAAAAGCCCAACUGCCUGGAGCUGCAGGCCUCGUGCAGGACCAACUACAUCUGCAGGUCACGCCUGGCCGACUUCUUCGCCAACUGCCAGUCGGAAGCGCGCUCGCGGUCGGGCUGCCUGAAGGAAAACUACGCCGACUGUUUGCUGGCCUACUCGGGCCUCAUCGGCACGGUGAUGACCCCCAACUACCUUCGCUCUCCCAAGAUCAGCGUGUCGCCGCACUGCGACUGCAGCAACAGCGGCAACGACAGAGAAGAGUGCGACAAGCUGGUGGCCUUCUUCGCCGACAACGGCUGCCUGCGCAACGCCAUCCAGGCCUUCGGGAACGGCACGGACAUGGGCGUGUGGCCCCAGGUCACCACCGCCACCACCACCACCACCACCGUGACGUCGCCGCGCCAACGCAACCGCAACAACAACGUGGAAAACCACAUCGACAGCGACUCCGGAAUAUACCACUUCUGCGGGAGUCUGCAGGCGCAGAAGUUGAAGUCCAACUCCAGCGCUGACAGCGUCUUCUGCGUGGACCCGCAGAUGGACGGUCCGAGUACGUCCAACGCCAUCGUGAGGAAUUCGUGCAUCCGCCGCCGACCUUCCGAGGCGACAUCUCUGCUGCCCCUGCUGCUGUGGCUGUGGUACUGCGGCCGCCAUCUUCCGCCCUCACCGGACGACUUGUAGCCUCUAGGCUGAAACGGUGAACUGCACACACAAAACAACGUGAAAUUCUUCUUUUUCUUCCUCACUGUAUGAAUCCCCUUUUGGGUUGUGUUAGUUCUUCCCCCCGAUCCCCCCCUCCCUCUUUUUGUUGUUGUUCAUUUUGUCACUUUCGGCUGUGGUUGACUUUUGAUGCAGCGGUUGGUUUUUCUUUGCUCUGGUCAAGAAAGACCAGACAUAAACACUUCUGACGUGUUGACGCAAUAUACGAAAAACGAUCGGUAAUCAUUGAUGCUAACAAGCUAGCUCGGUACGCUUUCCAGUUUCAUAAUUCAGUUCAGCAGACGUGACGUCAGUUUCACAAAUAAGGAACACGUCACAGAAAGUUCACCAAAGUCCCCAAAACUCCAAACUGAAGGAAAAAAAAAUACAAACUUUUGAAGUGGCCAUUUUAGGAACAUUCACAGAAAUGUUUGUUGGAUCAUUUUGUAGUCCCCACCACCAAACUGGCAGCCAUCAAAUCAAAAUUUUCGUUGCUGGAGUGCAGGAAACAUCCACACCGAAAAAGAAUCCUUAGAUCGAACAUCUCUGCUCAUUGUAUCUUCAACAUUAUCCGCUCACUGAAUGUUUCUGGUCAGCUGGCCAUUUCAAUGACUCCUGGACCUGCCGCUAAGCUAAGCUAAGCUAACACAAGCUAUGACAAAGGACAAAGUGAGAAUCUUUUUGUAGCAAAGAUAGUUUCUCGCCGUUGUGAUGGUAAAAACGGCAACAAGGAUCGCGCUACUGGAAUCGCGCCAAUGUGUUUUGUUUUUUUUUUCCCCCCCCGACGCGACGAUUCACAAGUCGGUGUGGAAAAACCAAGCCAGCUAGCCGCGCGAGCGUUCGCAUCUUGCUAUCAUCUGUACGGCACAACUUGAUGAUGAGAAAGCCAAAGCAUCGUAACGAGAGACGCUCGAAAAGCUGGUUCGGAAAGGAAACGCGUUUGCUAACCAGCCGACGUCAACGUAGUGAUUUUUGUUUCGUUUUUUUUUGGCGGGACUCACAAAACUCUGAUUUCAUAUUCUUUCGUCUACUUCUUUGACUUGGACGAUUCUUGUUUUGUACGUACAGUCUACGGUGUGUCAUGUAUAUUUUCUCCCGCUCUGUAUGCGAUAUCGACACUAUUCCAUUCGCAUUUGUGAACAAAAACAAAAGAGAGAAUAUCCGUGUAGCUCCUGUUGUACUUCAAUAUACGCAAAUUUGUUUACGAUGUUGCUUAAAUAUGACGAUGUUUACUUUCUUUUUUUUUAGGACAAAAAAAAAAAUCUUAUUUUUCUACAUUUCGAUUGUUUCAUUUGCUCUUUUCGGACGCGUUGAAAUGAAUGGAGGCCUCGACUUGUUUUUCAAAAUGGCGAUAACGUCCUAAUACGAAUGCUAACGAGAAAGAAGGUCAGACGCACGGUGGUUGAGUGUUUCAAGAUGGCGUCGCCCAUGUUUUCGACGAGCGAGAGAAAAGAUGGCAAGUCUUCUUCUACUUCUUCUUCGGCUUCCCGCCAUCGUCUUGGCUUGUGUGAAACGUCAAAUCUUGUUGUACAAAUGAAGAAAUACAAAUUAAAGAAAAAGUUCACUCACCCAAA